AUGGAAACCACUAAAUCCUCAAACACCCUUCACACCUUUUCUUACCCACAACUCCAAUACACUCCCCCCUACCUCUCCCUCACCACAGACUCCGACAACUUUCAGUGCAAUGUACCAAGUAAGGCAUCAUCAUUUGAUGUCCCUUCUGCUCCUAAGGAACAUCAUUCUUUUCAGAUGUCAGGCUCAGACUCUUGCAGUGAGGAAGGUGGUGAUGCUACUGACGUAGAAGAAGUGAGCUUGGAUGAGUUGCUGAAUGAUGCAAAAGCAAAGAAGAAAUUGGAGCAGCUGGCUGCAAUAGUUGGAGUUGACACUACGGAGCCAGCCAUUGUGCUGACUGAAGUAGUGAGAGUUCUCAAACUCUUCAACCAUUACUAUACUACUACUUAA